AUGGGUUCUGAUAAAGUGCCGCUGCUAUUAGUGACUGCAAAUGUCGGCUCUAUUUUCGAGGAACCCUCCGCCAUGCUUCCAAUAUGGACGUCAGAGUUCCUUCAAGCUGUAGCUCGCAUGGACCCAAAGUUUAUAGCUCUGCAUUUACAAGAAGUUGGAGGCAAAGCGUACGAAAAAUCUAUGCAAUAUGUGAAAGACUUCGUGCAAAGACUUUGCGACUGUCCCGAGCUAAGGUUAUAUGACAAGAUUAGGAUAUUUCUGGACGAAGAUUUUAGCUCGCCGGAAAAGUUUACGGCUCUCGGCAAUAUGUACUUCGCUCACACAUCACUAGCUGACCUCAAGAUAUGGGACUUCGAGAAGCGGAACUACGUAGAGGUGUCAGGCAAAGAGGUGAACAGUGGGAACAUCGAGAAGGUCACUACUAAAGAGAAGAUUAAGUUUCCGCAGCAUUUCUUUCCUGAAUGCAAAUGGUCACGCAAAGGUUUUCUGCGCACGCGCUGGUCGAUUCGCGGGACUGCCGUCGAGUUCGUUAACAUACAUCUAUUUCACGAUGCAUCUAACUUACUCGCUAUGGAGACAUUUCCUUCAGUGUAUUGCCGGAGUCGACGUCGCGCGUUACGUCACACACUACGUCACUUACAUUCCGACGUGAACGCAGCGCCUUACUUUAUAUUCGGCGAUUUUAACUUUCGUACCGAUACCGGGGCUGUUGUUAAGAAAGUAACAGAAAACUUAGUAGCGUGUCGUAUGUCGAACGGAGCUAACGUCGACUCAUCGAAGCUUCAGUAUAGGUCGAAGAGCGAAGAUAGAGUUGUCAUGACCAUUGGCAAGAAGGAGUUCUCUCAUGUAGACCAUCAGAAACUCUUCAGGGAGUCAUGGCUAUUGAAAUAUGACCGCGAGUUGGAGGCUUUGCGGCCGCAUUUGUACGAGUUCCCAGUCAAAUUUCCACCAUCGUACCCGUUCGAAGAAGAUGUUCAUCUGCCAACACAUUAUAUGAAGACUAGAUGUCCAGCUUGGUGCGAUCGUAUUCUGUUAUCCCAGUCUGCUAGACUUUUGAUACAGGACAGAAAUGACAAUAGAGUGCAUAACUCUAGGAAAUCAGUCACUGACUCUACGGAUAGUGGCAGCGGGAGGUUGUCCUCUUCAGACAGUAGUCCAGCGAGAUCUGCUUCACCUGCAAGACAUAAUAAUCAGUGCAGUCCUAAGAAAUUGGAGAAGAAGAGCAGCGUGGCUGACAUUGACGGACUUAGCGUACCGGUCACUACAGUUAGUAGAAAGAGUAUUGCUGAUCCAACUAGUAUUCAACAGGCUAUUAAUGCGAGGCUCAAAUCGCGAACAUUUUUUUCUAAAAAACAAGUUUCGGAUUCAGAAGCUUCCCCUGGCCGUCGCAAACUUGUUCGCAAUCAGUCUGAAGGUUCACCUAAGGGUGAGACUUCUGAAAUUCGUCGUUUGAUAGACGGACCUGCACGAAGGCGCAACGAAUAUGGAGUUAUAGGUGAUUCAACGUGUAUGGGAGAUCAUAAGCCGAUAUAUUUACGGGUGAUGCUGCAAAGCGACCGAGGUACCGAUUGUUGUGAGAAUAGAUUCCCCUCCCUCUGCUCGUGCGCACGAUUAACCCCUAGACCGUUGCGUAGGCUCCCGACCGACCCCGACUUAACUAAGAAUCCGAAAAUCAUGUACAGUAGCCACCCUGACAAACUAUUAUCCGAUGAACAGAGACUCAAACGAACGCGCACUGGUUCUUUGAAUGAAAAGAUUUUUAGAAUUCCUUACGUCGAAAUUACGAGCGCUGACUAUUCCAGUUAUAACGAUAUUUUUGUUAACGAUAUUGACACAUCACUAUUGAGUCCUAGGCAGUGCGUGGACCCGUAUACUCCCGAGAGUGUAGACUCCCAUUCGCCAGAUGUCGAGGUUUCGUCUGAGGAGCACACGGAAGUAAUUGACGCGUUAAGUUUAGAUUUAAAAUCGAAACUAACGAGAGACCGAAGCGUUUCACCGACGCAAUUAAAACAUCGCCUGGACAGACUUUUGAACGAAUCGGACGAAGUUCCAAAGUUACAAAGACUAGAUAGUCAUGAAUCCUGUAAAUCGGAUAAUAGUAGAAAGGGUGGUUUGUGCUGUUUGGCGCUCAAGUGUUAUGGAUUUUGUAGACGCCGCGUGAAAGUCAAGUGUAAAUGUAGUUGCUUCAAGUGCACUUAA